AUGCAGUUAAGACCAGCGGAAGAGAGAGAUGAAUUCAAUACAUUUUUGAAAGAUGCUGGACGUCAACUUGUGGUAGUUGAAUUUUCAGCAAACUGGUGUGGUUUCUGCAAAGAGAUAUGUUCUGUUUUUCAUGACAUGUCUCUACAAUACCAAAACGUAAGGUUUGCUAUCGUGGAUGUGGACGAUUCUCCGGAGUUGGCUGAUGCUUGUCACAUUAAAGCAGUGCCCACAUUUCAGAUAUUCAAGAAAAUCCAGAAGGUAUGUUUCCAUGGAAGCCAGCAAGGUCAAAUUAGAUUAUAG